AAGCGGAGGGCGCGACGCGAACCCUAACCUAGCUGCUAGCUCCACGUAGAUCUAAUCCCGCCGCCCCACCACCUCGCCGAACCCUAGCCGCCUGAGGCGCGCGCGAUCGGUCUCCCGCCGCGGCGUUCGUGCGGGGGUGGGUAGGGCAGGCAAAGGCAAGGUAAGGGUAGGAGGAGGAGGGGGAUCCCCGCGGCCCCUCUCGUGACGGCGGGGGCCAUGGAGGCGGACGGCGCCGCGGCGGCGGAGGCGAGCACGGAGGCCGGCGCGAGCGCGAGCGCGAGGCCGUUGGCGCCCGAGGAGGAGGCGCUGCGGCGCAACACCGACUGCGUCUACUUCCUCGCCUCGCCCCUCACGUGCAAGAAGGGGAAUGAAUGUGACUUUCGUCACAGUGAGGGCGCCCGUAUGAACCCUAGGGACUGUUGGUACUGGUUAAAUAGCAAUUGCUUGAAUCCAAAGUGUCCAUUUCGCCAUCCGCCAAUUGACGGUAUGUUUGGUGCUCCAACUCCUGGAAUACCUGCAGUUCCUUCACACUAUGCUCCAUAUAACUCAGGAAAGCAGAUGGUUCCAUGCUAUUACUUUCAAAAGGGAAACUGCUUGAAAGGUGACAGAUGCGCUUUUUACCAUGGGCCACAAUCAAUUGGAAAUAAUCCACCAGAACCAGUGGCAAAAGUUACUUCCUUGCCUUUGGAGCAGCCUCAGACCCAAAAGAAUGAUUUAUUGUUUAUUAAAGAUUCUGUGCAGCCAAAUAAUUCAAUUCAGCAAGGUGCACCAAUAGUUGAUGACAGGGGCAAAAUGGCUGUUGAUCGGUCCAAGGUUAAUUCUGCCAGGACAGCUACAGUUGCAGUGCACACAGCUUCCAAUGCAGUGUCUUGGCCUAAGUCAGAGAUGAUAAAGAAUACAAUGCCAGCAUUUAAGGAAAGCUUCGCUGCUACUUCAGUAGACGAUCAUCCUGAGAGCUACCAGAACCAUCUUCCAAUGGAAAGUGAUCCUGAGAGAGAUUGGAACCAAAGUUACGAAAUGCCUUCUGCAGAUGAUCUGCCCCAGAACAGUAGGGAGGCUGAUGAACUUUUGGGUGAAUCUUCACCUGGCUUUGAUGUUCUUGUGGACAAUAAUGCAGAUGGUGCUGCUUAUUUACACGACGAAGAUUUUGGAGGAGAUAUGUAUCCAGUGGAAGAUUAUGAAUAUGCUCCAGCUGAUUUCGAUGUUCAUGCACAUCAUGAAAGAGAUCGAUUCAAUGGAUCAAAUGAGCAAGACCAGGUAGGCCACAUGUACGAUGGCUAUGAGAGAAAACGGCGUAGAUCAUCAUCUGAGAGGAGCAUGGAAAGGCCUUUCCACUCAGAAAGAAGGUUUCUGCAAGGAAAUAGAAACCCUGUUGAGAUGGACGGAUCGGAUUUACGUCACCGACUUCGCAGGAGGAGAAUAAAUGAGUCUUCAUUGGCAAUUAGCCCAGAACGCAAUGGAGAGCAUCGACGGAGGGAUGAGCGCUACAGGGAUAGGGAUGAGCGCCACAGGGAAAGGGCACAUAGUAACUCUACACACAGAGAUCGUCAUCAGGGUUCUCGAGGAAGCACUCUUAGCUCUCGUCUGCAAGGCAGAAUAAAGCUUCCUGGAAGAUCACCUGACAGAGUUGAUACUCACUCUGAAAAAGAGCGAGAUAGAAGAAGACUCUGUGACAGGCUGUCUCCAGUUAGGCGUAUGGAAUAUCAAGGUGACAGGCAUAUGGAUGCAGGGCAGUGUGAAGAGCGGACCCGGCGGAGAUCAAGUGAACUUGCUUUAGGUGCUAGGAAUGCAGAUGGCCAGCAUUCGACAAGAGAAGUUGUGGACUCGCGCACAUUCUCCAAUCGCAAAACUUUGAGAGACUCCAGUAAGGAAAAAAGUGUUGAGCCUGAAGCAUCACUUGAUUUUGAGGGCCCAAAGCCCCUUAGCGUCAUCUUACAGAGGAAAAGAGAGGCGGCAUGGGGCAAUGGCUCAUCUGCUAGUCCCAAAGAAGAUAAAUCUGCUGAGGUCUCACGUGGGCAACCUACUUCUCUACCUGAAGUUGAGAAGGAAGGUGAAAACAUAAUCAGCUCUGAAGAAUACAAAAGUGGAUCUGGUGAUGAAGAGUUUAGAGACGAAGGCCACAUCCCUUUUGAGGGCCAUGGGCAAUCUUCAUCUCACGGUGACAGACUUGAAGGUGAAGAUAUUAUUGAAGUGGAUCCAGUGGAAAAUCAAGACGCUGAGAAGUAUGACCAGAGGGAGGGGGAGUCCUACUAUGAGGCUAUCGAAGGUCAGGACUACAAAUCUGAAGACGAGAAUGCAUAUGAAGAUGAUGAAGAAUUUGAUGAUGAUGAUGAUGAUUUUGCUCGGAAAGUAGGGGUUGUUUUCUCUUAAGCUCUAUGGGCUUUUUCUUAGCUUUGUUGCAUGCAGCAAAGCUGAAAUGCUUGCCUUAGUGAAUCUCUUUGGAUAAAUUCAUCUGGUGCUUCGUGUUUCGUUCUUGAAGCUCAUAGUGCUAAAAGCCUUUAUUUAUUAGGCUGAUAACUUGAUAAGUAUAGGUCAGGUAUGAAGCGAGGGUAGGUUUCAUAAAUGAUAAGGGCUUUACGUGUAAAAACUGCUGCACGAUGUUCAGCAUAUAUCUGAUCUAUCCUGAAACUCUUGUAUUGUAUUAGUUUCCUAACUAACAUCACAAGAUAUUUCUUUGAUAUUUUUGCCUGAUAUCAGGGUAAUAUAAUCAACCCUAUUUUGGAGGGGCUCAUUUCUU